AUGGUCCGGAAUAUCUACCGUCUCUACGGACCAGAAUGUCGGAAGCCCGUUCCAGCACUCGCCGGCUUCAAAUACUACACCAUGGGCUUUUACAUUCACUCCACUGGGAAGAUGAACUAUAAGGGCAGCUUUUCCGCUUCCUAUCUCGCCUGUCCUGAGACCCACACCUGGUACCCCAUAGAGAAGUGUCGACCCCUGCUGGACGUCCAUAAUAAGCUGCCCAGGGACGACCUUCUGCGUCGUCUAACCGUCAUCUUCCUACGAACACCUGCACCGACCACCACUAAGACCUCUCUGCGGGAGCGAUUCCGGUCGGCGCUGAUGAUGAAGAAGAGGCCGGAGGAGGAGGCAGUUUUGAUGCCCCUGACAGAACUCGGCCCCUUUGUCAGUAAGGAGUACAUGGAAAUGAUGGCGGACUGGUCGGAUGCUGCUGGUCUCAUUGCUCUGGAUGGCCACAUGCUAAUAAAUUACGUGUGGUGA